AUGUACCGUUUCCGUUCUGGCAAUCAAACGCGCAGAAUUGAUGUCAGCCUCAGCCGCCAUCCACAGUCGAUAUAUUCAUUCAUACGCGUUCCGGCCAAGCCGGCUCGAGUCGGAACAUCCAUGAUCUGCAUCACCCUCCGACGGACACUUGAUCGACCUCGCUCUCUUUCCCAGACAAAACCCCACUUGGAUUCUGAUACGGGCAUUGCAGAAAAAAGGCCGAGCUUGACAAUCUAUCCGUCAUUUGGAAAUGGCUGGCAUCUAUCCGUUCCUCCAUUCACCGCCUUUCACCGCUUUUUCCAGACACCGUUAUCCGAUCAUCAUAAGACGCUUGCGGGCACUAUCGUGAGUCGCAACUACACUUUUCCUAGCUUAGAAAUUUGGGCAAGGAUGUCUUGCAUAGCCGACAAGAACCCUUACAAAACACCAUGCCUGCGGAUCUGUUACCUCCCCCUCUCUCAGCACGCUCAUACCAUAGCAUAUCUUGCCGGGCCCAUCUCGGCUCUACAUUGGGCGUCCUUCCACCACUUCGGUCAGACGGUGACGUCGUGUUCAAGAAUCCGACGGGCGCUAUACCCACAGAUCAUCGCAAUACCCAGAAACAAGGCUGCCACCGCUUCGUUGGGGGAACGGUAA